UUUUUGACUCACUUAAAAAGUUUGGACACCCCUGCUCAACAGAAUCUGUUGCUCAACAGAUUCGUAAAUAUUACUUCUAGUCAGAAGAAAUAUGUUGGUAAAAUUAGAUGACUACUGAAUAUUUUGGGAUUCAACCUUUCGCUGUUGGCCUGUUAGCCACAGUUUUUACUCCACGCUGUUGUUUUUUAGGUGGUGAAACUUUAAACUGCCGCGCAAGUAGCUACUCAACAGGUGGGUGCUAGCUAACCAAAGAAGGAGUGAGUUGCUAGGUAACCAAAGAACGAGCGAGUUGCUAGGUAACCAAAGAACGAGUGAGUUGCUAGAUGAGCACAACUGGAAUAAAUUGAAAAUAUGUUGAUACUUUUUGUUCUAGAACUUGUGCGACUCAGAAUAAGUUUUCUAAUAUUUCUUAUGAAAGGCUCCACCGCCACUUCAGCCCCUCCUGCUGGCCACUAGUGUCCGACAAGCGCCGCUCCACCUGCCCCAGCCCCGGGGAGGAGGACCCGCCCUGUGAAAGUCCAGCUCUCGGGGCAGGAGGAGCGCAGCAGAGGGAGGCAGGUGAAAUCUGGCCCGACAGGUCUGAUGGGAACACAGACACGCUGCCAGACAGAGGCAGGGGAGGUGACUGACUUGCAGUCACAGCAGCAGACGCAGGGUGGAUCUGGCGUAGAGGUAGCGGACCUUUGAACCUCGGGGCCCUCUGGACUCCCAGCAGCAGGCCUGACUGAGUGGAAUUUCCCUCCUCUUCGCUGCCUGGAGCCGGGGGCAGAUGGUCGCACUGAAAGCCUGAGCGGAACCCAGGAAGGAGAGUGAGAGGAAGGGUGGGAGAGACGGGGGGCUGGAGAGAGGGAGACGAAGACAGGCGAGUCGGACCGGAGAGUAGAGGAGACAUGCUUCACUACGGUUCCAGACCAAGGGUUACCACCACCACCACCACCACAGAGGACUCUGCAACUCCUUCCAGCGAGAGGAGGGUCCUCAGGUUGACUCUGCUUGCAGGAAAUGGUGGAAAGAAGGAGGAAAAAACUGCAGACACAGCUGAGGCAGAGAAUCCUAUCAAGGAAACAUGGAAGAAGAAGAACGGGCUGAUCCACAGAGAGCGACCGGCUGGCAUGGAGUCGCCUCAGCAGCACCUCAGAGACGCAACCAAUGGGGCGCCGGCGACCUCGCCACAGCAUCAUGGGCCCAGGGUGUACGGCGUAGUGCAGAGGACGAGCGCGGACAGACGGCAGGAGCUGAUGGCGCGCGAGUGGACCGUCGACCACCUUCACGAUGAGAUGAAGUACAUCCGGGAGGUGAGGGACUCUCUGGAAAAAGUGAGAGAACGGAUGUACGGGCAGUUUGGAGGAAUGCAGCAAUCCAUGGAGAAGCUUUCACGGGAAAUCAGGGCUGCCAACGCACACCGGAAAACAUUGGAGUCUGAGGUGAAGGUUCGUACCACAGCCAUGGAGAACUUUGAUCAGAUGAACAGCUCCCUUAUAUCUGCAAACAUCAGCCUGCAGAAAUCCCUCUUGGAGAACUGUCAGAACAGAGUGGACAUGAAAGACGAGGUGAAGAGUUUGCGGAGCACCUACGAGAAAACUCAAGAAAAGCUCAGGGACAAGGAGCGGGAGCUCGCCGCAGCGCAGGCUGAGAACCAAACGCUCAGACUUCAGGUGGAGUCUUCACAGGAGACAAACACCCGCGCCGUGCAGGAUCUCACCGCAAAGCUCCAGAGAGAGUACGAGGAAAAACUGCAGCGCGAACAACAGAAACACAGAGAAGAGAUAGAAAACCUACAGGCCCAGCUAGAUGAAUACAUCAGGCGGCUGGAGGAAGCAGAGAGGAACCUCAGGACUGCAGAGGCGAAGAUCGCUGAGCGAGACCAGCGGAUCGUUGAAGUAGAGCGUCUCCUGAGCUGCAUGGGGAUGGAGAAGAGCCAACUCCAGCAGAAGCUGCAGGAGUGCGAACAGCGUAUCCGUUUGUUAGAGCUGACGGACCAAACAGACGCAGCCGCAGCCAAAAAGUACAAGUUAAAUUCCCCCUCUUCGUCAAAGCAGCUGCAGGAAGAAGCCGUGGAACUGCGUGAGCGAAUCAAGCACUUGAACGACAUGGUGUUCUGCCAGCAGAGGAAAGUCAAGGGAAUGAUCGAGGAAGUUGAAUCUCUGCGAGCUCGGGUUGCUCAGAAGGACAUGUUCAUUUCAGAGCUUCUUGACAGAAUCGCAAUAGUGGAGUGUGAGAAUAAUGAAUUAGAAGACAAGCUGAAGUAUUUUAUGUCCACACAGAAUAGGCCUCAAGAGAUUUUGGAAAGACGAGACGUAGGAGUAGGCUGCGAUCUGCUCCCCAGACAUGAAGUGCAGAGGCACGAUGUUGAAUCUGUCCAUCUUCAUUCCACCCCACCUACAUCACCUGUCCAACCUUCAUCACCAGUUAACGCUACAUCACCCACUCAACCUCUGUCACCGACAGAACCUUCAUCGCCCACAUCUUGGGCCCCAUCUUCUUCCCGGCCUUCAUACCUAUCAUCCUUGCAGUACCCAUCGUUCAGACUAACAACGCCCAUCCAGCCACGGACAUACAGUUCAACUAACCCUCCACCCAGCAGGCUGGAGACCAGUUUGUUAAAGUACUCUCCUGGUCAGUACAGCCAAUACCUGCAGUCCAGCAACCCGGCGAUGAACGGUGUGUCCUCUGAGUCUGACCCCGUUGUGAGUCCGGUCCCGUCCGGAAGAGACGAGGUGGAUGCAGAACCGGAAACAGACUCUGCUACACAAACCAAACCACAGGCGGUCACGUCUUCCACCUCGUCUUCUCGGCCGCGAUCAAGGCUGCAGGUUUCCUCACCCUUCAUGAAACUGAUUGGACACAACCUGAAGGAUAAGCACUGAUUGAUUUUAAGGGUUCAAAAUUUAGGAAAUUCUAAAUAAUAAUUACAUUUAUUUUGCUCCUUUUUUAUUGUUUGAGGUUUUUUUUCUGGUUUAUCAGAUCUUGUAGACAAUUUCAGGAGAAAAUAUGCAGCUUUCUGAGUCGAGUCAUUUACAGUUAAGCCCAAAGUUGUUCAUAUCCCUCAGUGUAGGGCUGGACGAUUGUAGCUGAAAAACUUAUGGGUUUGAUAUUUUUGUUUUAAAUAUCUAAAAUAUUGCCAAAUUGGUUGCAGGACCUUUCCUGUUUUAUUCUCAGUUUUUACUCCAUGUUGUUCUUUUUUUUUUCAGCAGCUGUGAGUGGUGAAACCUUAAACUGCUGCUGCUUAAGUUACUCAACAGGUCGUUGCUAGGUGACCAAAGAAGGAAUGAGUUGCUAGGUAACCAAAGAGUGGCUAAAACUUUCCUCUAAAUACAUCUCCCAGAAUGCUGUGCGGUUCUGGCUGUGAAUUCAGUGAAUAUUCUAUAUUAUUGAAUAUUCUAUCAGAUGUAUUAUCUAUUGAUAUUGACCAUGUGGGCUGUGAUGUAUAUUGCUAUAGAUUUAAUAUCCAGCUCUACCUCAGUGACAGAUUUAUAUUUGAAGUGACCUUUAAUUGUACCAUCAUGUUUCUUCUGACAAUAAGUAAUGUUUUGCAGUGGCCCAGUCAAAGUCUCAGCUAUAACCUGAGUGUGGGGCUUGAGUCUGGGAGGCCUUGCAACCUUAAAAACACAAACAUGUCAAAAUACCAGUGAGAACAUGCCCAAACCUGCUCAGUAAUUAUAAAAAGUUUUAUAUUGUCAUAAAAAGUUUUUCUAUGAAUUAUUGGAAAUGGUAUUGAUCAUUUUCAGUGUGCCAUUUUUCAAAAAUGUAAAUAGAAACUUUUAUUUUUAAAAUAAUAUUCUUCUUAAAGUGUUUCCCAACUGGAAACAAACUUCUGGUUUAAAUUAAAUUAACUUUAAAUCUAAAUCCGUCUGGAGUAUGGACACCUAUCGGCUUAACUGUGAUUCAUUUGGAUUAAAAACAUGAAAAUGUGCUGCUUAUUGUUCUAAUUUACAGUGAAUAAAGCUUUUACAAACUGAUUUGAACAAGUAAAAAUGAAGUUUAUGAAACACAUUAAUGAAUCUUUGUUACCCCUGGUGAACUUUUGUCACUUUUUCUGUUUGUUAAUCACAAUGGUAAAAGUUAAAAUCAUAAUACAUCUUAUUGUCUCCAUGGAAAAGAGUGUUAUUGAUGAUGUCUGAAGUCAGCAGCUUUUGUAAUAAUACAUGUUGCUCUCAGUGAGAUGUAAUAAACUGGAUUAAUAUUUUAAUGUGUUUUUAAAUGCAGUCCAUUUUCCACGCUUAUUGAGCUAAAAAUAUCUGUCCUGGUUAGGGAUUGAUAUGGUUAUUGGUUGUAUUUCUAAAUGUUUUUUAUUUGUAUAUAUUAAAUGAUAUAUUUUGCUAUUGUUCAUGGCCUGUAAAUAAUAUUUAUUAACUUGCAUUGUGCCUUUAUGUACAUAUCCUACUGUCUCAUACUGGUGGUGGGAAUAAAUAUGUAUUGACAACAGGGUUAUCUGACAUUUUGAGUACUAAGACUUUGCAGUUGUGCUUUUGUUCAUAAUAAAGUGACUGCCAUUACUGA